AUGGGUUGCAUCAAUCGUGCCAUAGCUUACGCGAUCGUGCGUGAGCCUCCGGAGACAAUGGACGAGAUUUCUCUUUAUUUGUACUCGGCACAGACAACCUAUGAUGAAAUCACUCAGAGGCCUGCCCCAAAGAGUAGAUGGAGAGAAAACAUUGCCGCAAAAGUAGCCGCAAGGAAAGCCGAGCUGGAAGCGCUGACUGGGCACAUUUUGAAUGUGAGCAAUGGGGUCAAGGGCAAGACUCCCCCCUUGGUGCGUACUUUACUUCGUCGGGAACGAGCUGCCAAAUGGGACCUCAACGAGUUGAGGCGUGUCCGGGCAGAGAGGGAGGAGCUGAUUCUCGUUUAUCAGAAGAAGCUCUCAACUCAUGAGUCUCGGUGUCAGCGCAGGCGGGAGAACAACCUGUUUGAAUUUAAUCGCAGGUCGUUCUAUCGUCGGUUGCACGGAGAGACGAAGGAGGGUACCCAGCAAAAGGCCGAAAUGCUUGACACAUGGGGGAGUAUGUGGAAAGCACGUCCUCGCAAGGGUGUGUCGUUUCCGUUUUGUGGACCCGAUGCUCCCUUGAUGACCGAGUCUUGUGGUGUCCCUGACAUCCGCAAGAAGUUCGAUGAAGCAGUAACCCGUCUCUCUGACUGGAAGACACCUGGGGUCGAUAAAGUGUAUAAUUUCUUUAUUAAAAAUUGCAAACCUAUCCAUGAUUGCAUGUGUCGAGCAAUCGAACAGUUUACACUAGACCCUGGCUCGAUUCCAGAGUGGUUAUGUACUGGGGUCACUUAUUUGAUCCCUAAAGUAGAUAACCCUUCCGCUCCGACAGAUUAUCGUCCGAUAACCUGUAUGCCCAACCUGUACAAGUUGAUGACUAAGGUGGUGGCUACUGAGGUCAGAAAUUUCGUGGAGGUGAAUGGGAUUCUGUCCGAGAACCAGUUAGGUACUCGGCGGGAUUGCCAGGGAGCUAAGGAGCAGGCACUGAUCAACAAAUGCCUCGCGAGAGCCCACGGAAACUCACUAGUGUCAAUGUGGGUGGAUGUGAAGAAGGCAUAUGACUCGGUUGAUCAUGCCUACCUCGUUGAGUGUCUGCGAAGGCUUAAGUUGCCAAUGUGGUUUAUCAAAUUUGUUGCAACUGUGAUGGACAGGUGGAACGUCCAUCUAAAUUACAACAAAUGCGAUAUAGGCGAGGUGAAACUAGAGAGGGGCAUAUUACAGGGCGACAGCAUGUCUCCGCUGCUGUUCGUCCUCUGCCUAGAACCGCUGAGUAGAGUCCUCACUGCCCAAUUCGAACAAAUGUCGAUCGAACAUGAAGGAGGGUGUUUUAGCACCAACCAUCUCAUGUUCAUAGACGACAUUAAGCUGUUCGCUCGGUCUUCAGAGAUCCUUCACUCAAUGGGUAAAGUCCUGAAAGGUUUCAUGAAGGCCGUGGGGUUGGAGCUCAACUACAACAAGUCGGCGACUAACACCCCUGUGUGUGGUGACCUAGUCAAAGUCUUGGAGGAACACCAAGGAUAUAAGUAUCUUGGUGUGGUUGAGAGUCCAGCCUCAUUAAUCACACCCGAAACGAGAAAGUGUGUAGUGGAGGGUGUGCGUAGUAGGCGGCAAUGUUAUGUAAGACUCGGCUUAAUGCACGGAACUUAUUUCAUGCCUUGA